GACGAACAGACAACGUGUGAUGAGACACUUUUGUAUAUUUCCAUUUUACAUGUAACGUUAAGACGUGAAAAGCAUGUGAUCGAUGGCAUCGAUUUCUCGAAUGAUUAAUUGAUUUGGAGACUGUUACGGUGAAACUUCCUUUGAUGCAUUCUGUGAAGUAGUUAAGUGUUUCAUUGAGUCACUGAAUUUCUGUGAGUUUCGAAUUACAAGUACGCGAUCGAUAUGGCUGCACUAUACUCACCAGGCUACGUAAUACGUCGACACAGCGUGAUCCGCUCGAGCAAACGUACCUCGUGGUGCAAAACGUCGACAAAUACUUCCUCCUUCCCAUGGAGCACAAAACAUCGGCACAGAAACACGAAGAAGAGUGCAUUACGGGAGAUAUUACCAUCAAGUUGGAGGAAAAAGACAUACCUGAAGACACGACUGAACGACAGCUAAUCGAUCCUCAAAUUAACGAAACUGCUCAGGUACAUACGAAUCUAUUUGUUCAGACACCUGUACAAUUUUCUCAUUGGUUGGAUCAAUGUUCCAAUGGUUCUGAAAGUAUGACGAGCAACGAGGAAAUGUUUACUUGCGACUGUUGUUCGAAGAUCUUCAAGAAGAAGUACGCAUUGCAGAGGCAUUUAGAGACUCAUAGUAACAUACGGGUGGAAUGUUCGGUAUGCCAUCGACUCCUAAAGACCAAGAAGACGCUGAAGCUUCAUAUGAUGCUGCACGAAGAUACCGGUAAAAUAUUCGAGUGCUCGGAAUGCGGCUUUAUGUCGAAACAAAAGCAAAGUAUGACUCGUCAUCAGAUCAGGAUGCACUCGAAAUUCGCCGAUUACCAAUGUCCACUUUGCCCGAAGACGUUUAAAUUUAACGGUGAUCUUAAAAGACAUCAUGAAGCAAAACAUGUGGUCGACCCAUGUUAUUGCGAGAUUUGUGGAAAAACGUAUCGAAAUAGUCAUUUUCUUCGAAAGCACCGGCGCAUAUCCAAGUCACAUAGAAACGCUUACACUCGUGUAUGUUACGGGGCAAUUAGGGGUAAUCAGAACAUAGAGUGUGCGACCUCGCAAAACAAGGGUAAAGUGAAGCGAGUAUUCAAUUGCUCCAAGUGCAAACGGCAAUUCAGCAGUUUGAGGUUACUAAAUAAGCACAUGCAACGACAUCUCCUCAUCUUUAACUGUGACAUUUGUGGAGCCGUGUUUAAAUAUAAGGCUUCGUUUUUGAAGCAUCAAGAAUCGCACAAACAAUCUGAACAGUUUUAAAUUGUGCAAUGGAAACUAAUUUGUUUCUUUUGUGUGUGAUUACCGAGGUCAACACGUUGAUUAAAAAGUGUCAAUAGUGUUUCAAAAAUAUCUAAAACCGAAUAAUGAGUUUCGUUGAAAACGAAGAUACAUGUAGGUAUGACAGAUAUCAGAAUUAAAUUGUACAUUAGUGAAUAAGAGAAAAAAAUUAAACUCUCUAACAGCCUUUUUACUUUUUAAGAAUACAAGACGAAGGCUAUUCUUUCUUGUAGGUGAGUCUUUCAACUAUCACUGCGGCAACCUUUUUAUUAAUGGUCUUUUCAGUCUGUAAAUUUCACUUUUUAUAAUAGCAAAAAAUAGAUCGAAUGUCUAAUUAAUAGAAGCUUUUCUGCAAUCGAUUAAAUUCCACUCUCUUUCCUCAGAAAAUCGAACUACAGCAAAUACCUGUGUUGGAAUUUAAUUAAUCGCAUGCCGUUUUUAAAUAUUUACUAUACUGUAUACAUAUCUUGCUACAUUACACAAGAUGAUUAUAAACUAUGUUUGAUACAAGUGUUACUGCUUUUAUGUUCAUAAAAUCUAUGUUUCAUCUGAAUCAUUAUUCGUAUAAUUUAAAUCAUUGCGCUAUGAAAAUAAUUUAUUCCCUGUAAUUAUAUUCAUUGGAAUAUGUAUACAUAUUGUGUUUCUAAUGAUAUCUUUUCAGAGUUUUAAUUUACAAAUCUUUCAGGUAAAUAUAAUUUCUAUUCUAGGUACACAUUAUGCAUAAGCAGUAUCGUCGAACAAACAAAUGAUAAAAAAUCCGCAGAAAGAUGAAUUAUUCUUCCUUUGUAUAAUCACAAAAAUUGCAAUUAUACGAUGAAGAUCAUUGGAUUUCAUUCUCCCAUACACGUCGAUAUUUGCAGUAAAAUUUUCGUCUGCACCGGUGGUAGAAUUUAUCUUUUAACACACUUAAGUGUUGGGCCACGUGUUUGCAUACAAGAGAAGAAAACUUUCAGUCUAUUUCAUUACUAACGCCAUUGCUAAGCAAUAAUCAAGAAUAAAUAUGUAGAUCAUUGCAUGAUGAAUGGAAAGUAUAUGCUAAUAUCGUUAAAAAACAUGACUCUUUUGUUUUUCUUUAAUGAAAUGUUGAGGAUUUAUGCAUCUCACUAAAUAUUCAUUAGAUAUUGGGGCAUAAGGUUUAUUGGUUUACUUGUAUUAUUAAUAUUUAAUGAUUUUAUUUAGAUGAUUUAAUAAAAUUCAGGUUCUCCAAUCAUGCUUUUGUAAUUAAUAAAUAUGUCUGCGAUUAUAUUUAUUAUAUACGAUAACUUAUACAUACAUAAGUAUUUUAAAAAGCAAAUACUGCAAGAAUUCAUUUCAACGCAUUUGAUAAUAUGUACAAUUAUUUUCAAUAUCUAAUAGAUGGAAAGAAAUAAAUAAUCUCAUGUGAAAAUAUAAAUGUGCAUCAAAGAAAUAUCAUCAACUUUCGCUAAUACGGAGUACAAGAAGAAAAAAUAAAUGCUCCAUAAAUUUCUUCACCAAAGAGUAAGAAUAAUUUUUACUGACUCGUUUCAUUCAUG